AUGAGACAAAUAAAAACAGUGCCUUUGCCCUUGUUUUCGCCAGAUCUAUUUGAUUCUGCUGCUAGACAGGGUUGUGCUCUGUCGGCGGCAGUUCAGCCUUCAGAAAAAGCUAAACUGCCCUAACCUGCCUUCCCGAUUUAGUCUGUGAGGAUUAUCGUCGUUCCAUUUAGUUUCUAGGUUGCUUUAUUCUCCCAAAUGCACAUUAGAUCGAGAACUCUCGUUUUCACCAGCACAUUGUUAUAAAUCAGCCAACUACACUGCUGCAGACACCAUUGUUGUUAUAGUCUUAUCACGGUGACCCGUUAGCAGCGCGGAUUGGUCAGCAUGGCUGGGAACUUCUGGAACUCGUCACAGUACCAACAAUGGAUCUUGGACAAGCAAGAAGUGAUUUUAUACCGGCAAGCUGACCUAACUGUGGGCUUGACCCAUGAGGACAUUGACAAAAUGCACAUUUUUAUGGCCAACUUUAUCAGAUCUCUGGGCAAGCAGUUGAAUGUUCACCAGCAGGUCAUUGCCACCGCAACAGUGUUCUUCAAGCGCUUCUACCUGCGCAAUUCCGUUGGCAGUGUUGAUCCACGUCUCAUGGCCGCCGCUUCAGUUCUAUUAGCAAGUAAAGUGGAGGAAUGUGGGGUGAUAGCAAACUCAAAGUUGAAUGCAGCGAUUUCUUCCAUCGUGAAAACAAAGCCAUACUCUGACAUAUUUAAACCGGAGAAACCUUUCUCGACGGCUCUGUUUGUGGAAUGUGAGUUCUUUUUACUGGAGAUGAUGGACUGUUGUCUGAUUGUGUUUCACCCGUAUCGGCCACUCAUGCAGUACAUCACAGAUAUGGGCCAGGAAGAUCGGCUGCCACUGGCUUGGCGCAUCGUAAAUGACUCGUACCGAUGUGCAGUAUCUUUCCACUACGCACCGUACAUCAUAGCCCUUGCUGCACUGCACAUUGCGUGUGUUGUGCACGGGCAGAACUGUCAGCAGUGGUUCUCAGAGUUGGCGGUCGACUUUCAGCAGAUACUGGAGGUGACUCGUGACAUCAUGGACAUGUACCGGACAUGGGAGAGCUGCAGCAUGCCACAGGACAUUCCACGCAUACUGCAGAAGCUGAAGGAGCGCAAAGCUGCAGCCAAGGCCAGCAGCAGCAAUGGCGGCAGUAACUCUGCUACCACGUUGCCCGCUCCGGCCUCGCUCGAGGACUGCAUACGCCUGGUGGCAGAUUGAGGAUGUCAUACUCCGUACUGAAGUAAGAACACGCACUGAAGCAGGGUGAGCUCAUUCACCCUUUAGUCUUGCGCAGCCCGGUAAUGAUGAUGUCAUCUUGGACCGAAUGAAUUGCUUACUUGAUUAUGACAUACAUAAUGUGAUCUGUACCAGUGUGCACCUGCCGCAUCCCGACUUGACUGGGUUGUACCCCCAGACUUGUUCACCACCAGCACACCGAAUAUCGCCGUUAGCCUAGAUACUUGAACAGGAGUGCUUUUCCGUGACUUGUCCCGACUCUUGAAUGCCAGCUCUGCGUUAGGCUUGCACCUCUAUUCGUAUCUGUUGCCCGUAGGUCUUCCAUCCUCUCGCCCGUAUAUUUGCUUUCAUUGAAUGCAGUGCUAUAUGAGUAGGUCUGUAACUAAUGUACAAGUACGGGUUUUUCUUCUUCUCUUCUUGAACCUAGAUGAGAUCAUGGCGGUAUGGGACUAUGCUUCCUAGAUUUUUUUUAAGUUUUUUAUUAUUUAUUUUUAGUGUUCAAACUCAGAUUGAAUCUGGUGUUGCUGUUUGCCAUGCACGACACCGGUGUCGUCAGCCUUAUCUACCCAAACAUCAUGUUCUCGUUUGAUGCGAAAAUUAGCAAUGUGCUGGUACACAUUUGUUGUCAAUGUUUUUUUGGCCCUGUUGCAGAGCUCUGCUUCUAUGUAACAUUAGCGUUAGUCGUUUCCUCUAGCCGACUGCAGCAUUCCAGUGCCUGUGCCCGUGUGCAUCACCAGUGAACAGUCGUUGUUUGGAAUUUAAUUGUUCCAUGUUGGA